AUGGACCUUUGUCCUCAACGAAAGGUUUGUGUAGUGACUGGAGCAGCAGGUGGAAUUGGUUCAGAAAUUUGUAAACUUCUCCUCUCUCAAGGCUGUGAAGUGAUUGGUGUGGACUGUAAUUCUUUCCGAUUGCAAGAGUUAGCGACCGAUUUUAAGAUUUAUUCUCCUCCUGCUUCAUUUCACAGUAUUGUCAUGGAUUUGAGUAGUGACAGUUCCGUGAUUCAGGGUGUUAAACAUAUUCAACAAAUCCUUCAAGAAAACAACGAACAACAGAAUGUUGAGAAUGAUGACACUAGUAUGACAUCUUUCUCGUUUCAUGCACAAAAUCAUCAUCAUGAUGAGAAAUGGAAUCAUUCUUCCCACGGUCAACCUCAAAAAAAGAUUUUUGCCUUAAUUAACAAUGCUGCAGUUCCAAGCGUUUCAUCACGAAUGAGCUCCACAGCAGAAGAAUUACCUCAACGAUUACAAGAAAUGUUAAAUAUUAAUGUGGGUGGCUAUCAUCGAAUGAUUCAUUACUUGCUUCCUUUCUUUCAAUUCAACAACAAUGAACAUGUUCUCAAUAAGCAACAAGAAAGAAGCCAUUCAAAUUCUGUGUUUAAUAUCGUUGCGAAAAGUCUUGUUGAAUUAUUGAAUUUGAAAGAAUGGAUCCCUUCAGAGAGAGUGGUCAGUGAAGAAAAGAAUUGUGGUGCAAUUAUUGUUAAUGUUUCAUCAGGAGCUGGAGUAUUGGCAGGCCCUUUUCUUGGCUUUUAUCCCAUCACAAAAUUUGCCAUUCAAGGUUUAACAGAUGUCCUGCGGAGAGAAUUGAAGCAUUUGGGAAUUCGAGUGUGUGGUGUCAUUCCUGGAUUUACCAAAAGAGGAAUGAUCUUUUCUCAAAAUAUACAAAUUGAUGAAAAUUCUCUUCUCUGUGAAUCCAUGAAGCAAAUGCAACAAGAUAUGAGCUCUAAAUUGGAAUGGAUUGGACAAGAACCGAGUGAGGUGGCACGUGUGAUUUUUGAGAAUUGUUUUUCUUCGAAUUGUGGAGAGAGAGUUUUUGCAGAUCGAUGGUUUAUGAGAAUCAUGUGGCCAUUGUUGUUGAUGGUGCAAGUGGUGUGUCCUUCUCUAGUGGAUCGAAUGUUUUAA